CUCUGUUGUUGUGCAGAGCUGCAGAAGGCCUGAUAGAGCCAGCUAGACAGAGAGAGGAAGAAGGGAGGGAUACAGAGACAGAGACAGACUGUGGAUCAAGAGCCUGUGUAUUCAUUUCAUCACCCAGUUCAACCAGCGGCGCCAGAGGCAGAAGGAGACAAAGGGAAGAAGAAGACUAAAAAGGGGGCUUCAGUGACAGCAGGAAAAGUGAAAGAGAGGCAAGGUGAAAGAGGAGAAGGAAGGAAGGAAAGGGAGGGAGGAAGGAAGGAGGCUGGGGCAUGAGGAGGGGCGCCUGACUGACAUUGCUGCUUUCGCUAUCACACACAUCGAUGUAGGCAGACACACGCACACACACACACACACACACACACACAUUCAGCCAGAUUGUGCAGUGCUGCUCUUUUUUGUCGUUUCGCUGAGCCUUGUCCUCCAUCCUUUCUUCUCCUCUGAGCGAGAGGACAAGAGAGACAGAGAGAGGAGGAAGAGGAGGAGGGAAAAAGGACGAGGAGGAGGAGGAGGAGGGGAGGCAGUAACCCUCUCCUCUCCUUUACUCAGACACACAGCCGAGAGAGAUAGGGAGAGAAGAGUAAAAAAAAGAGAAAGAGAGAAAGCAGCUUUCUGUUCUAUUUUGCCGUCUCCUGAGGUCCCUCGGCCAGCGAGCGGCUAACAGGCACCGCUCAUGUCCGUGAACUCGGAGAAAUCCUCGUCCCCCGAAAGGCCUGAGACCCAGCAGAAAGCCCCGGUGAGUGCCCCUCCUCCCCCGCCGCCCCCUCCGCCUCCCCCCGAGCCGGCAGGGCCCCCAGAGCCGGAGGAGGAGAUCCUGGGCUCCGACGAUGAGGAGCAGGAGGACCCCGCGGACUACUGCAAAGGAGGAUACCAUCCGGUGAAGAUCGGGGAUUUGUUCAACGGGAGGUACCAUGUGAUCAGGAAGUUGGGGUGGGGCCACUUCUCCACCGUAUGGCUAUGCUGGGACAUACAAGUGAAGAACUUUGUGGCGAUGAAGGUGGUGAAGAGCGCCCAGCAUUACACAGAGACGGCCCUGGAUGAGAUCAAACUGCUGCGAUGUGUGAGGGAGAGCGACCCCGCCGACCCCAACAAGGACAUGGUGGUUCAGCUGAUAGAUGACUUCAAGAUCUCUGGAGUCAACGGCAUACAUGUGUGCAUGGUGUUUGAGGUGCUAGGUCACCACCUGCUGAAGUGGAUUAUUAAAUCCAACUACCAAGGUCUGCCGCUGCCAUGUGUCAAGAGCAUUAUCAAACAGGUCCUGCAGGGUUUGGACUACCUCCACACUAAAUGUAAAAUCAUCCACACGGACAUCAAGCCCGAAAACAUCCUGAUGUGUGUGGAUGACGCCUUUGUGAGGCGUAUGGCCAUGGAGGCAACCGAAUGGCAGAAAGCUGGAGCCCCCCCACCAUCUGGAUCAGCAGUUAGCACAGCCCCCCAGCUCAAACCGGUGAGUACAACAGAUGUGGGGAAGAUCUCCAAAAACAAGAAGAAGAAGCUGAAGAAGAAGCAAAAGCGGCAGGCGGAGCUGCUGGAGAGGCGGAUGCUGGAGAUCGAAGCCCUGGAGAGAGAGGCCGAGAAGAGGGAGGAGAGAGCCAAAGACGGGGGAGAGAAAGAGGAGCACGAACACAACCUGUCCUCACCCCUGCAGCCGCGGCCACCGCAGCUGGGCCCCAGCAUGGCUCUGGGAGAGAGCGACGACGACGACGAUGAGGAUGAGGAUGGGGAAGAUGAGGAGGAGGAGGGAGGAGAGAGGGAGAGGGAGAAGCCCAUCAGGUUGACUAAUCAUACAUGUGCGGCGCCUCCCCAGGAGCAGAGCAAGGAACUCCACAUCACCGAUGACGACCCCGAUGAGGAGGUGGAAGAGGACGAAGAGCCCACGCCUACCGCCGAAAAGGGUGCCCCCGUUCCCCCCACUACAGAGGAAGAUAACAGAGAUCCCACACAAGCAGAGGUAGAGGACGAGGACGAGGGGGGGGAGGAGGAGCAGGAGGUGGAGGGAUUAAAAGAGGAAGAGGAUGAGAAUGAGGAAGAGGAGGCGGAGGAAAAGGUAGAGGAGGAGGAGGAGGAGGAAGACGAAGAGGACGAAGAGGAGGAGGAGAAAGAGACUGAAAGAGAGGAGAACGAGACUGAGGAGCCAAAGAGUGAGAACAAAACAGAAGAGGAGGCAGUGGUAGAAGAGGAGGAGUCAAAGGAGCAGGAGGUUGAGGAUGAGGAUGACGAGGAAGAGGAGGAGGAUGAGGAAGACGAGGAUGAUGACACAACUGCGGAACUCCUCACAGACAGCACUUCCCCCAUCAAACCCCAGAACAACAAAAGCAAUUCGGCUAAAACCAACGGUCAUGUUUUGUUGGGAUCUGAGGGACUGAAACCAAAACCCGGCAAUCCUUCGUCUCCCACGCCCCUCCCCGAGCCUCUCCUCUGCCCCCUGGUGGAGUCCGAGCUCAGCUACACAGACAGAGACAACUCUCUCAGCUCCGGUUAUGAGAUGUAUAACGGUGACCUGGGGGAGCCGGGGCUGACCAACGGUGGCAGCGACCGCCAUCGGGCCACCAUUCCAAUCUUCCCAGACUUGCCCCUGGAUCCCCUGCCUGGGAACCCCAUUUCUGUUGGAACGGCAGACAUUGGAGCGGGCCCGUCCCCCAACAGCCCCACUGCUGACCGCAGUCGCACUGUGUCAUCCUCGAGCACGGGAGACACACCCAAAGUCAGGGCCCGAGCUGCAGAUCUCCUGAUCAACCCACUAGACCCGCGCAACGCUGAGUCUAUUCGAGUAAAAAUUGCUGAUCUUGGAAAUGCCUGCUGGGUGCACAAGCACUUUACAGAAGACAUCCAGACGAGACAGUAUCGUUCCAUUGAAGUCCUGAUAGGAGCUGGUUACAGCACUCCUGCAGACAUCUGGAGUACUGCGUGCAUGGCUUUUGAGCUGGCUACUGGAGAUUACUUGUUUGAGCCCCACUCUGGAGAGGACUACUCCCGUGAUGAGGACCACAUCGCUCUGAUCAUGGAGCUCCUUGGGAAGGUCCCACGCAAAGUGUUCGCUGCCGGGAAGUACAGCCGAGAGUUUUUCUCCAAGAAAGGUGAGCUGCGGCACAUCACCAAGCUGAAGCCGUGGUCCCUGUUCGACGUACUGGUGGAGAAGUACGGCUGGGCGCCUGAAGACGCCGGCCACUUCACCCACUUCCUUCUGCCCAUGCUGGAGAUGGUGCCCGAGAAGAGGGCUUCGGCCGGUGAAUGCCUCAACCACCCCUGGCUCAACUCGUAGCCAUGAUCUCCGAUCAGACGCCCUCCUCCCCUUGACCCCCCCACCCCACCCCCCCAACAGUUAGCCCAAACAUCACCCCCCUGCUGGCAGCCCAUGGAACAACAGCAUGGAGAGACGCUGGAGACAAACAGAGUUGGAGUAGAUGAUUAAGACUUAGUCUUUCCUGUCUUAACCCACACGACCAUUACAUGCUUAUCUGAAUAGGCUUAAGUCCCACACAUCACCUCAUCUGUUCCCAUAAGGAAUGUAAAGACAAGCUUACAGGGAUAACGUGACAUAGUGGCUGUGUCUUCCAAAAGAUCUCCCCCAAAAAAAAGUAAAAUUGAAGAAGGAUGCUGCUCACGUAAAAAAGAGAGAAGCCAGGCUCUGUCUGAAAAAAGAUUUCUUCUUCUCUUCUGCCGUCAAGAUGUCAGCCAGUCCCUUCCAUCUAAUCUCCUCCAAAUUCUCAGUUUUACCUUGUUUGGAUCCAGUCAUGGGCCACUGACAGCUGCUGAUCUUUUCAGUGACGUGAUAGAAAAGUCAACGAGAAGCUUCACAUCACAGUGCUGGCGGCCCAGAGCUCCAUCUGCCAUGACCUUUACAUAGCCAGGGCCUCAAACACAGACGUGUUUGUGUGUUUUUGAGAGAUAAUGAGCGCUUGUGCCUGUGCUCAUGAUCUGCCUACAUGGACACUUCUCCUCUCUUUCCAGCCCCUUCCUUCACUCCCACACUCUGGAAGAAACACCCACAUCAGACUAAAAGUUUACACCCUGAUUUCUUCCACACAUCCAAACCCAAAACUUCCCUCUUUCCUGUUUGGUUCCCCAUUGACCCCUCCUUCUAAAUGAGCUGCAUGCUCCUAACGGGGGCCACCUCAGAGAACUGGAGGGCAGCCAGUCCUCCAGGGGGCACCACACUGACAGUUGCCGCUCUGAUAAAGACAGACAGAAAAAGUGGGGGAUGAGCAAAAAACUACAAUCAACAUGGAGGAGGACUGCUUAAGACUAUUUUUAAAAUGCAUGGAGAGACUGAUGGAUCAGCAUGAACGGCUAUGACAAACGGACGAUGGAUGCGGUAUUUUAUUUGUGCAUUUCGCUGAUUUCUUUCCUGUUUCAUGGCCUCUCUUGGACAUUCUGUUAGAAAGAUUUGUGUUAGGAUAUUUUGGUGCCCCCUCUGAGGAAGGUCACUCUGUUACAACCCCUUUUCUUCUGCAGCUUUUGACAUUCCUAAAUCUUGGUCCUCUGCCAUCAUUCCUGACUUUUAUUCCCAAGAAAUUCCGUUAAGUCCUAUUGUGGCACGUUUACCUGAUCUGAUUGGUACUAUUCCCCCUUUUUUCCCCCAUAGAGGAACCCUUUGAUCCCCCAAGCUACUCCAGAAAGGGGAUGGUUACAUGGAGGUUGCACUUGUCUUUGUAGAUGUCCUUCAGGGAUUUGAAACCUUUGUACAUAGAACUGAGAUCUUGCAACGCAGAUAAGAAACCGUGGACAAAGUUUCAACACACAAGCAUCAUUCCAAAAAAACACAGAGGCUGUUGUUGGCAUAUCUUAACUUCCUCUGAUACAGCUGGGGGAAGGGUGGGCCACCAUAGCUCCGGCCCUGGAGGAAUGUUCAGACUGAACCGUGCCACCCGGUGGCUGAACGAGAGUACUGCAUUGCCACACACACACACUGCUGCUGCUCUCAGUGCCAACGCUCCAAGACGUUCCACUAUAUCUCUCCACUUAAUCUCUAUUUCUCUGUCGCACACACACACACAGACACACACAAAAACUCGCAUCAUCACAAUUAGUCCAGUUGCCUAUUUUUCGCAAUAAAUGAAAAAAGAUGAGUAUAAGUAAAUGGUGAAAUAUUUUUAAAAACUAUUUAAUUCAUUAAAAAAAUAAGAGGAAAAAAAAAAGAAAACAACUUUUCUCUGGUUGUUGUGACCGUGACAGAAUCUCGUCUUAUACUGAGGUGAUUGUGUUUGUCUUUUAGAGAUGUUUUUAUUUCUUUUGUCAUCAUAAUUAUUAUUAUUAAUUAUUAUUAUUAUUAUUAUUGAAAGAUUUUUUUACACAGUUGUCACCUCUCCCCCUCCCUCCUUACUUGAACA